UUGCUAGAGAUUAAGGCAAAAAAAAAUCAAUUCAAAAGCAAUGUUAACGCUUUUUGAAUAUUAAUAACGUGCUGGACACAUCAAACAUUUGUAUAAAAGUGGCGUCCAGCAGGAGAGUCGCACGUUCCGAUCCAGCGUGAAGCAGGAUUUAAAUAUAUAAGCAAAAUGAAUAAAUGCUGCAUACAGACACAACAGUCCUCCAAUAUUCUUGACAUAUACAACAGCAGCAGCAGCAGCAACAACAACAAGUCCAGCAAUUGCAACGGGAGCAUGUCCAACGAUGAUGACUAUCCCGUGACAAUCACAGAUGCGACACGCCUGCACAUGGAGCGGCGCGUCCGUGCGGCCUAUGAGUUCUUUGACCGGAUUCUGCGUCUCUAUGAUGUCAGCCAGUUGAUAUUCUGCUUUAAUGGCGGCAAGGAUUGCACCGUGCUGCUGGAUCUGCUGAUGCGCUAUUGCCGGGAGCAUGGCAUCGCCAGCCGUGACAUACCGAUGCUUUAUAUUGAGUCGGAUGAUUCGUUUGCCGAAAUCGAUGAUUUUGUUGUGCACUGCGUGCGCCGGUACGAUGUUAAUCUAAUUAAAUAUAAGGACUCGCUGAAGGUGGCGCUCACCCACAUGACGGAGGAUAUGCCGCGCAUCAAGGCCGUCUUUGUCGGUAGCCGCAAUACGGAUCCCUAUUGUCAGCAUCUUCAGCCCAUGCAGAAAACGGACAGCGACUGGCCGGAUAUAAUGCGUUUGAAUCCUUUGCUGGAGUGGAGCUAUCAUGACAUCUGGCAUUAUAUUCACAUGCAUAAGGUGCCCUAUUGCCAGCUGUAUGCGCAGGGCUACACAUCGAUUGGCUACAGGUCCAACACCUUGCCCAAUCCGCAUUUGCAGCACAGCAGCUGCUCGCCGGCGAAUCCUGCUGCUGCUGCUGCAGCAGCUGCCGUUGCCUGCUUCAAGCCCGCCUGGGAGCUAGCCGAUCCCACAACGGAGCGUGCCGGUCGCCUUAAUCGCAAAUAGUCGAGGCAUUUGCCGCCUCCAAAAACUAGUUGAAUCCGCCAAUAGUGCAAUUGUAUUGUAAAUAUCUUCAUAAUUACUUUUUUUUUAUCUGCAAGAAAUUUGUACAUAUGUUUCUAAACAAGCGAGUCCUUAUGUACUUAAAACACAAGUGUGUAUCUAAACACACAAUAUACUAAUUAUCAAUACACACACACACACACACACACAUAUGUAUAUGUAUGUGUAUGCAUCUUGUCUAGCUUUGCGCUGGCAUUCAUUACACGGCACACCCAUUUUCGAGUUAACUGCAAGAUUCUGCAGCUGUUGGCAAUUUUCUGCUAAACAUUUGAAACCGCAGACAUGCUCGACAAUUAACUCGUGCCAGCAGUGUACAGUGAAGCCUGCGCGAGUUGAACACACACCACAUUAGCAGCUAAAUGUCGUAACAGACGGUUAACAGUUUUCAAUCAUGUAAAGCUUAACAGGCGCAACAGUAUCUAAUGUCAUCAAGUUAACAUAAGCAGUACGACAACAUUAUAACAUGCAUGUCAAAUGUUUACAAGCAGCUUUAUGCCGAGUGCCCUUAGCGUUUGAAUAGCCCAUUUAAAUGAAAUACAAAUCAAAUUCUGCGGGCAGUUAACAUUUUGAUAUGUUAUUAACAAUCAGAAUGCAACGAAUAUUGCUUGAGAACAGCUUUAAAACGGAUUUAAGUGCUAGUUAUGUAAGUUAGUUGACACAGUUUGUGAUUUGUAAUGGCAUUCUAA